GCUUUCCUCCUCCCGGAGCGCUGCCGCCUGACGACCAUCAUCCUUUGCCGACACUAUGGGCUUUUCUUCAUAUAAAUAAUCGGAGCCGCGACGGCGGCGGGCGGCGCUUUGGGGGUGGAAAGCGGCGGAGGAGGAGGCGUUGCGGGGACAGCUUGCGGCCCGAGAUUGCGCGUUGGCGGCAGUGCUUGUGGUGCGGCUCCUGUCAUGAGUCCGGCCGGGUGCUCCCAUGUGAACAGUUUUAAGGCGGACAAUUGGAAGCAGAGCCUGCGAGUAAUUUACCAGUGCUUUGUGUGGAGUGGGACUGCGGAGAGCAGGAAAAGGAAGGCAAAAUCCUGCAUUUGCCACAUGUGUGGCGCUCACCUCAACCGACUGCAUUCCUGCCUCUAUUGUGUCUUUUUUGGUUGUUUUACCAAGAAACACAUUCACGAGCACGCAAAGUCCAAGCGCCACAACUUAGCCAUAGACCUCUUGUAUGGAGGUAUAUAUUGUUUUAUGUGUCAAGAUUAUAUAUAUGAUAAAGACAUGGAACAAAUUGCCAAAGAAGAACAAAGAAAAGCAUGGAAGUUGCAAGGGGUUGGUGAGAAGUAUUCAACAUGGGAACCAACAAAAAGAGAAUUGGAGUUACUACGGCAUAAUCCCAAACGCAGGAAGAUAACUACAAAUUGUACCAUCGGUCUCCGAGGCCUAAUAAAUCUAGGGAACACAUGCUUCAUGAACUGCAUUGUCCAGGCACUUACCCACACUCCACUACUCCGGGAUUUUUUCCUUUCUGACCGACACAAAUGUGAAAUGCAAAGUCCCAAUUGCUGUUUGGUCUGUGAAAUGUCUAGGCUAUUUCAGGAGUUUUACUCUGGGUACCGCUCACCACAUAUUCCAUAUAGGUUAUUGCAUCUGGUUUGGACGCAUGCACGGCAUUUAGCAGGGUAUGAGCAGCAGGAUGCACAUGAAUUUCUGAUUGCUGCACUAGAUGUUCUACAUAGGCACUGCAAAGGUGAUGAUAAUGGGAAGAAAGCCAGUAAUCCAAACCACUGUAACUGCAUUAUUGACCAAAUUUUCACUGGGGGACUGCAGUCUGAUGUCACUUGCCAAGUCUGUCAUGGUGUCUCCACUACAAUAGAUCCUUUCUGGGACAUCAGCCUGGACUUACCUGGGUCUUCCACACCAUUCUGGCCCUUAAGUCCGGGCUCUGAUGGGAAUGUUGUGAAUGGAGAAAGCCAUAUGUCCUCUGGAACCACCACACUUACAGACUGUCUACGAAGGUUUACAAGACCUGAGCAUCUUGGAAGCAGUGCCAAAAUAAAAUGUAGUGGUUGCCAUAGUUAUCAAGAGUCAACAAAACAGCUUACAAUGAAGAAACUUCCAAUAGUGGCCUGUUUUCAUCUCAAACGUUUUGAACACUCGGCCAAGCUACGGCGAAAGAUCACUACAUAUGUCUCUUUUCCACUGGAGCUGGACAUGACACCAUUCAUGGCUUCCAGGUAUUCGCUGUUUGCAGUAGUCAAUCAUCAGGGAACACUGGAGAGUGGGCACUAUACCAGCUUCAUUCGACAGCACAAGGACCAGUGGUUUAAGUGUGAUGAUGCCAUUAUCACCAAGGCUAGCAUAAAAGAUGUGCUAGACAGUGAAGGGUAUCUCUUGUUUUAUCACAAACAGUUCCUUGAAUAUGAAUAGCCUUAUCAGACUUGGGGAAGCCUUCAGAACGAUACACAACCUACCUGAAACUCUAAGUACUGUCAGCACUGAGUGAACCUACUUGACACUGAUUUUGGUCUGAAGCAGUGAGGCUGAACACCUAAUGGAAUGAGAUGGGAGGAGGCAUGGGUCAUCCUCGCAGCCACAGCCCGCAUGUCCGCAGGGAGGGGGGGAGGGUGCGCAUCUCAGCUUCUGUUUCCAUGGUGCUUGAGCUCCAGCUGACCAAGUGUAUAACAACAAUGAUAAACCAACCCAUUACUAUGCGAUGGGUCUGAGAGCAAAUGGAUGGUAUUAUUGACUUGCAGAUACAUUUCUGUGGAUUUAGAUAUUAAGUACUGUACGAAACUAGUGGGCAUCUAUUUUCAGAAAAUGGCCAUUAAAACUGAAUGCAGUACUGAGACAGGUUUUCAGUAUGUACGCAUUGCCGGAGGACUGCAGAUUGAUGCAACCCAACAGAUCUCUAUAUCGGGCCCAGGUUUGUUUGCAUUCUAGCUGUGUUCUAAUUUUUUUUUUCUCCCUGUCAGAGCAAGAUUCAGAGCAGCUGUGCCGUAAUGAAACUGUACUGAACUUAGUAUUUGUUUAUUGUACAAACACUCGUGUUUCGAGAUGGCCUUACAUCACUGAGUGGUGGAAAAGUCUGUGUUCAUGUCUUAAAAAAUACACGCACAUGCACGCACCACACACAUGCACAUUUGCAGUUUGAAUAGCGGCCACAGUGACUGCUCUUGAUUCUUCCCCUUGGUUUUUAUUUUAAGUUAUGCAGUCUGGGGUAUAUCAGCAGAUCAAUGUUUGGGAGCUUUUGCUGUUUUGUCAGAAAGCAGGAUCCAUGUGGCAGUCCUAGUGGCCUUCAUUGAACGAAACAAUGUGAUCAGACCAGAGAGCCUAAGAUGAGGGAAUGCCAAUGAAACACAGCUUAUUCUGUUCACUUCUAGAAUUUUAAAUUCCGUUUCGGUUGCUUUUGGAAUGAUGAUUCACAAGUAAUUGAAUAUUCUGUACUUUAUUAUUGAGUGAGACAGUAUGUUUGAGAGCAGCUGCUGUUGGGUAACUUGUUCCACGGUAACUGAUCCUGUUUAUUUCAGAAUGCCACACAAUGUGAACUGAAGACAAAGUUAGUACAUGUUAUGAGGUACACAAAAAAAUUCAUAAAGCAGAAGAUUUAAAUUAUAAUAUUGUCAGUAUGAUCAGCAAGCUUCCUGGAUGCCAUGUUGCUCUUCUGAACAGUUCUCAAGUAUGCCCUGGUAAUAUAGCAUUGUCAUCCUUACUGUACCAAAUGUCUGACUAUCCUGUUGUUUUUGCAACUUGAAGCUGAAAUGCUUUGCUGCCUUCCAUUACUCAAGAAAAAUAGUUUGCUUUUUGAAUGUUGCAGUGUUCUUCUGAUCUACAAUUUUGAUAAAACACCGUAAGUAGAUGAUUGAACAGUCAUUCAAAUUUAAGGGCCCAUGGCAUUCCUAUUCCAGUAGCUACAGCUCUGUGUUUUGUCACGGCAUUCUCAAUAGCCGCUAGCUGUCAGGAAAAAGUAUCAACAAGUGCAAGGCACUGUGGAACUCUUAAUUUCAACUUCUAGUGGUUCUGUUUAGUCAUGUUAGCCAAGGUCAACUUUUUAAAAAAAGUUAAUAUUUUUGAGCUUCAAUAGCUGGAAGUCUAAUUGAUGCAUAUAGGUAGCUUCAUUCAACCAACACAAGCAGUUCAAGAGAAGUCCCAGAUUGCUGCACUUCCUGUACUUUUUAAAAUUAUUUUGCUUUCCUUCAUAGAAGGCAGGCAACAACAGUAAUUUGCUUUUCUUGUUUAUUUUGAGAAUGUGUAGCUGCAAUAGCCUUUUUUUAAAGUUAGCAUAUUAUAUUUCUCAAUUUGGCUCUGGUUUAAUUUUGGUUCUUGCACGUUUUCAAUUUCAUCAAACCCAUUGCGGUUUGUCCUUGUUGAAAUGUUUUCUGUGUCAUUCAUUGCACUUUAUUUUAAUAUUCCUGAAGUUUGGUCAUGGGGAUCUUCUAGAUUAUCUUUGCAGGAAUCAUUGGUAUUUUCUAGUUAGUAUCCUGUGUACUAAAACUGACUUUGCUUGGGCUGUAUAAUCUGUUCCAAGCAGUUUGACCCCUUUUGUACUUGUGUUCAUACCAUUUCUGUGUUACCUUUUACGGUAUCAGUAGAAAAUUUAAAUACUUGUUUACAGACCUGGAAAUUGAGCCAGCUUUAUUUUUCCAGCGUCAUUUGAAGGUUAUUCUCAAUGUAGUAGUAUAUGGCAAAAGAUAUUUGGAUCUCCAGUGCAUGAGAAAUAAACCUAUGCAUCAGGAAAUCUGUUAUCCCCAAAUGAGGCUGCAUUUAGACUAUGGAAACACUUUCAGUUAUCUUAAUUUUAAUGCUGUCACACCCCUUGGCCUUCCAGUGGUAUCAUUAUUGAUGUUGAGCAGUGCCUCACUUUUUUUUUUAAACCGUCAACAAAGUAAGGUUCCACAGUGCCUUGCAUUACUCUAGACAAACAACUCUCAGCUCUGAAUAUCAGUGGGCAGAAAGUUUUUUUGCUGUGUUUCACUUGUGUUCCUUCUUCUCAAAUGGCCUUCUAAGUAUUGGGUUUUCUUGUAACUGCAGUGAAGUGUAGAACUUGUGCUGUUUACAUGUAGGUGAAUGCGGUGUAAGUACCAUGUGGGCAUUUCAAAUGCCAGCCCCUGUGUAUAGUGCAGUGUGGCAGAAACUAAGUAUUUGGGUAUGGCAUGUGGAAUGUCUACACGGCAGUGUAAGCUACAUUUUUGAGAAUUGUUUUCUCUGUGCAUUUGAGGUCAAGUGACAAAUUCCUCACUAUUGUGGUAAGAUAUGUUCCCUGCAUACAUUCCCAUCUGUACUUUUUAAAUGUUACUGUGAAGUUGUACAAUCAAUGAUUUAUACAAAGAUUAAAAAAGUUACAGAUUUCAUGCACACAUUUGCCUAAAAUGAUGAUGUAAUAGCUUAAUGACUGUCAACUGACUUAGACCUGAAAGCAAAGACAGGAUUGCAAGUUUUGAUAAUCCUGUUAUUAUUAAAGGACAGCUGCUAAUCAUUAACUACAACAUCAUCCAUUUCGGUAGUAAAGUUAGAGAACCUCCAAAGGUGUCAUUGCCAGUGAUUUUUUUUUUUUUUUUUUUUUUUUUAAAAAAACCCAAAAAGGAGAGUUCAUUUCAUUGAUCUUCUGUCCUGCAAUUAUGCAAAAGUCUCGAGCAUGUCACUUGGCCUUCAGAAUGUCAGUCAGUCCUGCAAUGACUGGCUCUUCAUCAACUUCAACUGAUGUGUAGUUCACCGUAGCAGAAUGGAUUUAAAAGCAAGAGGAAAGUGAAAACAUCCAACUGUAAUAUGGACUGCUUUCACACACCUUGCCCUCAAGAGGCUGACAAAAAAAGACCAGCCUCAGCAGUUUAUAGGAGAUGUGCUCAGUUCAUGAGCUUGGAUAAUCACAGUGCAUUUUGGGAGUUGUUGUCCUUUUUUUAUUUGUGGGUCUUAGUGUUCGAUAUACAAAAGCUGCUUAAAUGAAACUGUUUCCCGGAAUGCCAGGUGGUUCAAGUGUAUCCCGUGUUAAGGGUCAUUUGUUAAUGCACUGUCCUCAGUAUGAAAUGUAAGGACUCCCGUUUAAUAUCCUCCGGACAGGGUAAUGUAUAUUUGAAAUCAGCCCCCACUGUGUUAUUCUAGUUCUCCAUUUGUGGUAUUGCCUGCAGUACCAAUUUCAUUUGUAAUCUCACUUGAUUUUUUUUUUCAUGUUCUGGAAAAGCAAAAUGGCAAAUAAAUCAUUUGACUAUGGGA